AAUAUAUUGUGUUAUUCAAUUUCACUGGAAAGAAGAAACACUUUUUAUUGAAAAAUUAUGCCGAGUAGUAAAACAAGAAUCGCUGUUGUGGGUGGUGGAGUGGCUGGUCUGGUGAUAGCUCGUCAUGUAGUGGCCAAAUUAAAUUCUUAUAAUCUCGUCCUUUUUGAGCAAACCGAUCAUAUCGGUGGCACCUGGGUAUAUACUGAUGAAACAGAUAUUGACAAACAUGGACUUUUGAUUCACAGCAGCAUGUACAAGAAUCUCAGAACAAAUAUACCGAAGGAAGUAAUGGCGAUACCUGACUUUCCCUUUCAAGAUCUGGGUGGCCCGUCUUUCAUUCACCACAGCUUAAUAAAAAAAUACCUUAUGAGUUAUGCGAAACACUUCAAUCUUUAUCCCUACAUUAAAUUGAAUACCCUAGUAAAGCGCGUAGAGCCAGAAACUAUUAACGGCCGGACAUUAUGGAUGGUGACAUACGAGUCAUUGGAGACCAAAACAGAAACCACAAAGAUUUUCGACGCUGUGGUGCUGUGCAACGGACAUUACACUGUUGGUCGUAUUCCGCAUAUUCCAGGUAUCGAAAGCUUUCGCGGUAGAUGUGUUCACAGCCAUCAGUACAGAGUGCCAGAGGUCUAUACCGGCAAGAAGGUUUGCAUACUCGGCGCGUCCUGGUCUGGCAUUGAUAUCGCCAUGGAAGUCUUGCAAUAUGCUGAUAAAGUAUAUCUGAGUCAUAAUUUGCCGGAACAACUCAAAUCGAAAAUAUCGAGCAAUCUCGAGCAAAAACCCGGUGUCCAGUCCAUCCAGGGGAACAUCUUCACCUUCCGCGACAGUUCAACAGUGGAAGUGGACGAUUUCAUAUUCUGCACUGGUUACAAAUUCACGUAUCCCUUUAUGUCGGCUAAAGUCGAGAUACGUACGGACGACGACCAUGUGGAACCUGUCUAUAAGCAUCUAGUGCAUAUGGACUAUACAAAUCUGUUUUUCAUGGGCUUGCCCGCGAUGGUGAUACCGUUUCCAUUGUUUCAUAUCCAAGCACAAUAUAUCCUCGGGGUUCUCGAAGAUCGUAUUAAGUUACCGUCUGCACAACAGAUGCGCGAAGAAUAUGAAAUUGAGAAAAACUCUCUAUUGGACAAAGGCAUUCCGCUGAGACACAUUAACAAGUUAAAGGACAGACAAUGGGCUUACUAUGAUCAACUUGCAACUGCUGCGAAUGUGACAGGCUUCCUACCAGUAGUCAAGAAGGUUAUGACUCACGUUUUGCAAAUGCGCGAAGUAGACUUCACUACCUACAAAAAUUAUCAGUAUCGCAUCAUCGAUAGCGAAAAUUUCAGCGUAUCUUACUGUAAACCUUGUUAGGUUCCACGCAAAGAAAAGUGAGAAAAAUAAAUAUUAUUUUAUUGCAAGAUGACUGUACGUAUUUAACGGAUACGAUAAACUGUUUAUAUUUUUCAAUAUCAACAUUGUUUAUGCUAGAAAUUUGUACAUACAUCGCAAUUUAAUACGAUAAAUAUUUUCGAUUAAGGGCAGUUCAUUAUAAAAAUUAGAACGAAGGCUCUAUUCCCGUUUAUUUCAACCCUUCAUAAUCUUCUUUAAAAGUUGAACCGUUAAUAGUCACAGGGUCAGAAUGACCUCGAACGCAUUUAACAUUAAUUUUUUUUGUCUUCAAAAAAACAAAAACUGUGAAUAUGGUAAUAGGUUAAAUGCGCUUUGGAUCAUUUUCAUUCCAGUGUGACCAUGAACGAUUAAUAAAAAUGUUUACCAUGUUUCUACACGAGGCUCACAACACUGACUUGUUAUAAUAAUAAUGAAAAUAAUGAAAGAUACAGAAAAGAUAAAUAUUAGUAUACAAGGUUAUCGUAUCCAUGUUGGAAAAACCAAGUAUAGCCAAAUAUUGCUCAUUAUUUUCGUAUGAACACUGCGCAGAAUCUGCGUCGCAGAUGCGGUCAUAUUCAAAUAAAUGUAUAUUAGAUUAUAUAUUACUAAAAAAACGAGCAUUGAAACAUUCGAAGUCCGAUAUACUUCUCAUGCGAUUUAUUUAGUCAAUUGACAAUGGAUUCAAGAAUCAAACUGGCAAAGCAUAGAGACGAUAUGUAAUUGUCACAUAAUUUUGAGGGUUUUUAAAAAGAACAAAGCUAUAUUUUUUCGUUGCAUAAUCAUAACAAUUAUUUAAAAAUGUAAUCUAACACAUGUAAAUUAAAAUAUAUAACAUAAAUACAACUGUAAUCUUUCAGCAAUUUAACAAAUGUUAUACGACUGAUACGUAUAAAAUACAUAUAUGUACUACACAUAUGUAAUUGAAUUUAUUCAACUUCCAGUUGUCACGGAUACAUUCAGGGAAAUGCUAUUAGCAUGUCAUCCUAUCCUUGUUUUACAUCUAAUAAACAAUAUAGAUGGAAUGAUUCAAAUAGCUCUGUCUCCCCGAACAUAG